CAACGGCGGACUUUUUACGUGUUGUGUGUUUAUAUGCCUGGACAUUUUGACAGUUUGAUAUUUUAUUUAUGAUUUGUUGCACACACUAAAAAAAACGUUUUUUUCUGCAAAAAGCCAUAAAGAAAGCCAACUGAAAGCAAUUCGAAAAUGUUCGACAUAACAGACACCCAAAAAAUCGGUGUCGGAUUGGCUGGAUUCGGAAUAGCUUUCCUAUUUCUUGGAGUUUUGUUAUUGUUUGACAAAGGCUUGCUGGCAAUUGGCAAUAUAUUAUUCAUCUGUGGAUUAGCCUGUGUGAUUGGUCUAGAACGAACGUUUCGGUUCUUCUUCCAACGGCAUAAAGUAAAAGCGUCCAUUGCUUUCUUCGGUGGAAUAACUGUAGUACUCAUAGGCUAUCCGUUAAUUGGCAUGAUCAUUGAGUCAUAUGGAUUUUUCCUCUUGUUUAGUGGUUUCUUCCCGGUAGCAAUCAAUUUUCUGCGGAGGGUGCCGAUAUUAGGAAGAUUUUUAAAUAUGCCGGGUAUUAGUAGGAUUGUGGACAAAUUGGCUGGAGAUACGAAUCGUACGACGGACGAUCUACUGUAAUCGCUUGAUUGAAGGGGAAAAUGGACAGAGCAAAAAAUUCGUCUGAGAUUAUUAAAUUUCAAUUAAACAUUCCUGUUGACUGUAUUGACCGUUAAUUAAAUCAAUUUUUAUUUUCAAAUAUU